GUUCACCUGUCUGACCAUCUUAAGUAGUAAAACUGCAGAUUGACACUAUGGCAGCAUUAGAUGGGUUUCCAGCCAGUUUCUAUGCUGAACCAGGAGUGUUGGGCAUUUUAGCCAAUGGGAUCAGUGCAUUCCUCGUACUUCUGCAGAACUUCAAUGAAGCGCAUACUGGCAUUGCACCAGUAGGAGUGGAGAACAUCCUUGCAGGUGUCCAUCUCAUCCUAAUUGGUGGUAUAUGCCAACUGGUGGCUGGACUGCUUUCCUUCAGAAAAUAUGAUCAUCUGAGUGGCACUGCCUUCAUUGGCUAUGCUGCUCUUUGGAGCAGUUAUGGUGCCACUCGAAUCUACUUUGGUGCCUUUGAUGAAACUCCUUUAACAGUUCCUCUAGCACAUGAAAUGAUGAACAAUCUUCCCCUGUCCACUAACAUGAUGAGCAACAUGUCUCAGAAUGCCACCUCAGACAUCCCAGUGAACAAUAUAUUUUUGUCCAUAAAAGAGUCAGCGAUUGCUGGUCUGGUCCCCUAUAUCCUUCUGUCGUUCCUCCUAGCCUUCUGCUCUGCCACAGUCAACUACAUCAUGCCUUUUGUUUUUGGGGCCAUCACGGUGACCUUAAUUUUUGAAGCAGUAGCUGUAGUAGCGAGCUCCUGGGCUCUUGUGGUCUCUGGGAUUUUUGAGUUGCUCAUUCUACUUUUUGCCAUCUAUGGUUCGGCUGCACUGCUCGUCAAAGGUCUGACUCAGCGCCUAGUCCUCAAAGGCUUUGGUACCCCUCUCUUUAAUGUUCUCCUGCUAGGGACCGCCAACUCAGCAAGCGCCCAGAGCAUUGGCCAAGAGAAGAAGAAAAACACAAAAUAUGCAGAGCCCAUGGCCUUGGGUUUCUUCUGUGACACUAUUGCCCCCUUUAUCUUUGCUUUCUACAGCUUUGGGUACAUGAAGUCCUUUGGCUUAGGAGCUACAUGGGUCUCAAUCAUCUCAGUCACCCAGCUGUUCUCAAGCUACUACGCCCAUCUGCGCCAAGAUUGCUACCACACGACUAAGUUUGGUCUUCAUGCUACAUAUUGGCUCAUCAAGGCUUGGGAUGAGUUUGUGCUAUCUGUUCUGAUUGUAGAGGAGAGUACAGUAGUCUCAGGGAGGCAAGCGAUGGUGGGCGACUGGUUCUUUGUGGCAGCAGCCUUGGUGCUCUGUGUGGGAAGCUUGAACAUGGAUGUCCUGGAACUGAUCCACAACAUGCUCUUUGUCCUGCUCACAGUCUCAACAAUCCCCCAGAUCCCUCUCCACGGUUACUACAUCUUCUUUGGUGUGGCUUGCUCCCUGUUCACUGCAGCCUCCCUGUAUGGUACCUUCUCACGUCUCAUCAACACAAUAGCAGAGAAGUCUCUCAUCCCUGUUGGCCCACAGCCCCUCUCCACUGAACAGCUACAGAAAGCUUUCAAGUGCAACAGGUCUAGACAGGGAGACCAGGAGGUGAUUCAGGCUUCAGAUGCCCUGUUCUACCUUUCAAAUGGGGUUGCAGCCCUCUCAGCCGUCCAUGCACGUGUCUCAAGCUCAAAUCCUUCCUUCCUCAAUCUGACUGUCCCUUGGGUCCUCAUCUCUGGAGCCAUUAUCCAGACCUAUGUCAGCCGGCUGCAAGUUACAGGAGGUGGGCGUUUUGGAUCUGUCAUCUCGUCCUUCUAUGUAGCAGUGUGGGCAACCUGGACCUGGUUUAGGUUUGCAGGUGACCUGCUACAAUUUCCCACAGAAGCAUUCUACGGUUUUACAGCAGGAGCCAUUGCUUUCCUGGUCAUUAAUGCUUUCCUCAUGCUGAUAGCUGCCUACAAGAACCUGGUUUUGCUGGUUCUAACAACAAUCAUGGAGGUUGUUCUGGUCUGUUUCCUGUUGUCCACCCUGCAGCGACUGCCAUACCGGCUAGAAAUUGCCAUGCUUGCUCUGGUUUCAAUAAUUUGUAUAUAUGGAGCUCUGGCAUCACUGGUCAACUGCAUCUUCUCAGAGAGACUGCUACCUAUGGGCCCUCCCUUAAUAAAGGAGACAGUGAAAGAGGAAUCCUCUCCAGAGACGCCCUGUCCAGUGGGAAAUUCACGACUCACCGGUGGUCUCCUGAAGAUCGCUGCCCUUCUGGAGGAAGGUGGAGUCUGUGGUAUUCCCACAGACACAGUCUACGCCCUGGCCGCCUCCUGCAAGAAUCCCCAGGCUAUAGAGAAAAUCUACAAUAUUAAAGACAGACCAGCAGAGAAGCCCAUCUGUAUCUGCAUCUCUAGCGUGGAGCAGCUGGUAGAAGCCAAGCCUCCCUUCAGUCCUCUGCUCUGGGAGUUCAUGAGGAACGUGUAUCCUGGAGGCAUCAGCUGCAUUGUCAGCAAAGGCGACUGGCUGUUCAAGCUAGGAGUGGGACCAGCUUAUGACCGUGUUGGCACCAAGGACAGCAUCAUGAUCCGCGUCCCUGACCACACUGUGACCUGCCACCUAUGUGACAUCACUGGACCCCUUGCCAUUACCUCAGCCAAUCCCAGUGGAGAGGCAGACAGCACCCACCACAGCAUGGUCAUCAAUCGACUGGGACACAAGAUUCAAGGAGUUCUGUGUGAUGGGAACUCUAAUGAAGUAGUUGCUUCUACUGUGGUCAACUGUCUUAAGAUUGAUGAAGGGACCAUCACCAUUGUGAGGGAAGGCUGUGUCCCUGCAGUAAAGGUUCGACAGAUCUUCGACAGACUAAAAAGCACCAUGGUGUGAUCGUCAUAUACCUCAUUUCUCUCCUUUCCAAGACCCUCGUCGCACCUGUUUCCCCUACAAGACCUGUUUUUCAACUCCUCCUGAAUCCAUUCAACAAUCUCUGGGACACUUUAGGGAAAAUAUGAGAAAGACUGAAAGAAAAAUGAUAAAUAUAACUGCUAAUAUAUGUGUAACUGGCUGUCUUUGCCAAUGUUCAAGUUAAACAUAAAUGUAUAGCUCACAAUGCCCGUAAUGUACACUUAACGUUCUCAGCAAGGAAUUUCUUUCACAUCAAGAAUCUCAGUUGACAUAGCAUGACUUCAUAAAGAUAAGGUCUGUCAGCUGUACCAUUCUGGCAAGAAGUGGAAGAACUCUGAUAUUAGUUUCAAAAUAUCAAAAUGUUUUAAUGAAAUUGUUGUUAUAUGACUGUGAUA